AUGACUUCAGUCUUAUCGAGUAUCUACUUGAUCCAAGAAAUCAGGCUCAUAAAAGUUUUAGUCCAAAAACUUCAGAAUUUAAAUCCAAGCAUUGAAGUUGGGAUUAUAAAACCUUAUAAAGCUCAAGAACAAGAACUGAAAAAAUAUUUUUCUCAAGAUGACCCAAAUAAUAAAAAUAUUGCCAUUCAAACAGUUGAUGGCUUUCAAGGAAAUGAAAAGGACGCUAUAAUUUAUUCGUCAGUAGCAACAAAACCACCCUAUGCUUUUAUAUCUGACGAAAAAAGAUUAAAUGUUGCUUUUACAAGAUCGAAGCAUAUUCUCUGAGUAGUUGGGAAAAUGGACUGCUUAGAAACAAAUAAAUUAUGGAGAAGCUUUUUUAGCUAUCUAAAAAUUUCGAUGAAAAUAGAAUUAUAA